CUUACCCCGAUAGGACAAUGGCGAGAACCAUAGUCUAAUGAAUAGUAGAGCUACUCGUUUAUCGCACUAAAGUAUAAUGGGAAAGGCCAAAUGUAAGGAAAGCCAGAACAAACGUAAGCAGGUACGGAAGCAAUCCAAGAAGGUGAUCCCCAAACCGGGCGAGAAAGGCUUCAAAACAUCCACGCAGCUCCGUAACGAACGCAAACGACGGGCGAAAAAGAAGGAAAAGUCGGGGUACCGACAAACCGAAAGUGAAUCCGUAGAAGCCGUUAGUUCCAUGAACAUCGAUCCGUCGCUACUGUACGUCAAGAAUCCUCGCAAAGCCCCGUUAGUCCAAAAGGCCGUACACUUCUUUGCCCAGCAAAACGUUCCCAAUUUUACCGUGUUCUGCGGGCCUGCCAAAGCUUGGCGGACGGUAGCUAAACUCGCAGUCCGCAAUGUCAACAACGAAUUAACGGUUGGCUUGUUUGCACCCGGCUCACAUAACCUUGUGGCCGUCCCCGAUUGCCCGGCGCAUCACCCCUCCGUUAAUUGCACGGUCGACGUUUUGCAAGAGACCGCCCGUCGGAGCGGCAUCCGGGCGUUCGACGAAGUUACCGGUACCGGAAAUUUGCGGCACGUGGCAAUCAAUGUGGAGCGCGCCACGGGAUCGGUGCAAUUGACGUUGGUUUGGAAAUUUACCGAUCAACCAGCAGAUGCGACGACCAACAAGGAAGAAUCCGAGGCUCUCGAUCGAUUGUGUAAAAAGCUCAUCCAACAAGGUACCUCUAGCAAAGGAGAAUCUUCACUCACUCUGCAUUCGCUGUGGGUACAUUACAACGCGGCUUGGAAACACGACAAUGCCAUCUUCAAUCACACUGGCCGAUGGGAACAUCGCCACGGCCCCAAAAGUAUUGUGGAAAACCUUGCAAUUGAUGAUUUGAAAAUUCCCUUACAAUUCCCUCCAAAUGUGUUUCGCCAAGCCAACCUGGAUGCCUUCACGGGAAUCAUUCGAAAGAUCCGAAACGUGCUGCAGGAAAGGGCGUCCCUUUCGGCAGCCCCACCCGCGUGCGUCGAACUGUAUGGGGGUGUGGGAACGCUCGGCUUGCAUGUUGCUGAUUUGUGUAGAUCCCUCGUUUCGUCGGACGAAAAUCCCCACAAUAAGGCUUGUUUUGAAGAGACAGUGCGUCAAAUGAAAGUGUCUGACGGUAGCGUUUCGUACAAAUCUCUUAACGCUACCGAAAUGGUAAAUUCAGGAGUAUUAAACGAGGCGGACUGGAUUGUGGUGGAUCCUCCGCGCAAAGGAUUGGACGACGUUGUACUUGGCGCUAUGGCUGAAGUUACCCGGCCACAAAUACUCGUGUACGUAAGCUGCGGCUUUGAUGCCUUUCAAAGAGAUUGCAAAUAUUUAGUUCAGCACGGGCAGUGGGAAGUUUUGCACGCUGAAGGACACAUUCUGUUUCCUGGAAGUGAUGCCAUUGAGACGUUGGCCUUCUUUGUACGAAGAACGGAUGACGAUUCAUAACGGUGGUACUCUACUAAUCAUAAAGUAGAAGUAUUUAAGGCGUGUUCAAA